UUGCAGAUUUUUAAUGUAUCCAAGAAACGCAGCGAUCUAACUCGGUUGCAUCCAGUAGUCGAACUCGGCUGGCCUCAAGAACUGGCACCACCUCUUGAUCGUCUAUGUUCAAUUUGUAAAAUGUUUGAAAACUGGUUAGCCGCUAAUCGAGAAAAUGUAAUCGUUGUGCAUUGCAAAACUGCUCGAUCGAGAGCAGCUAUUGUUAUUGCUGCAUACAUGCAUUAUAUAAAUAUUUGCUCAUUAAGUAAAUCAGUAUCGGAAUGCCUUGCAAUGCAACAGUUUGUUGAUGAAUUUAUCGGUGCUAAUGGACAACCAUCUCAUAAAAGAUACAUUGGUUAUUUCUCAUCAUUGUUAUCGGGGAAAACAAAAAUAAAUCCAUUAACAAUAUACUUACAACAGAUCGUUUUAAUUAAUUUCGCAAAUAGGAAUAUUUUAUUCAAAUUAUACGAACGAAUGCAACCUGUUUAUACAACUCAACUUAUGUAA